AUGCAGAGCGAUGAAGAGAUUGGCCGAAUGGUCGCAUCGGUGCCCGUAGCAAUUGGACGAGCUAUGGAGCACUUCGCAGAAAAGCUUCUGGAAGCAGCUGCUCGAUGCGUGCAGACUUCCCCGUCGCGCACUCUUUCGCCACAGCAUAUAAAACAGGCUGUGCUACAGAAUCCGCACUUUAUGUUUCUGGAACCACUUAUGCGCGAGGUACCAUUGCCAUCAUCGGCCGGUUUUGAAUCACCAUGUGGUCGCGAAUGGUCGGACGAGAAACCAACUUUUUCGGGCUUUCAUCUUCAAGGUUCCUGUAUGUAUAAUUCCAUGUGCCUGUUCAGUAUGGUGUUUCACUCUUUCUGGGCUGCAUUCGCACGUGGGGCACAGCUUCACCAGUUUCUCCCAAACCGGCUCUCUCUGUUAUAUGCAAACAUCCUUGCUAUGUAA